AUGCGCGUCCUGCCACUCCUUCAUCUACCACGCACUCCGACGGGCCCAAGACACUCCCCACAGCGCGCCCUCUUCCAAUACAGCAUCACCACCUCACGCACCUCGCUCCUCGAGACCGACUACAACAUCCACAAGAGCAACUCGACCUACUUCGCGGACCUGGACGUCAGCCGCUCGCACCUGGUGACCCACCUCCUCGGGCCGGGGCUCCCCAUCAUCGCGGCCAACGCGAAAAACAAGCUCGUGCGCGACAAGCAAGGCGUCCUGGUCAAGGGCAGCCUGGGGGUGGGGCUGGGGGCGGUGUUCUGCAGCUUCCGCAAGGAGAUCGCGCCGCUGCAGGGCUACGAGAUGUGGAGCCGGGUGCUGGCGUGGGACCGCAAGUGGCUGUAUGUGGUGACGCACUUUGUGGUCAAGGGCAAGGUGCGCCCGAACGGGGGGUGGAACGGGAAGGGCAAGAGGACGGCCAGGCAAGGGGGUGGUGCCAACGGGCAGCAGCAGCUGCCGGACGAUUUUGCCAAGUACGUGAUUGCGACGGCCGUCAGCAAGUACGUGUUCAAGCUCGGGCGGUUUACGGUGCACCCCGCGCUGGUGAUUGAGGCGGCCAAGAUGCUGCCCGAGAGGCCUGGGGAGGGGUGGACGGGGGGUGAGACGGGCACGGGCACGCCCGAGGAUUUGGGGGAUUUGGAGGAGCUGGAAAAUGCGGGGGCGGAGAGCGAGUGGGAUUGGAAGAGGAUAGAGGCGGAGCGGAGGAAAGGGCUGCGGUAUGCCGAUCACUUUGCGGCUUUGGACGGGACAAAUUCGUUGUUUGAUGGCGGUGAGGAUGGCGCGAUUGGGAACUUUCCGCUGGGGUGA